AACCGGGAAGCUAAGCUUUGUGUGAUGUAAAUGUGAUUUUUAAAUAUUUUUUGUCUUUUUGAGUUUUUCUGUACCUUGAAAAAGAAACGAUCAUAUAGUAGCAGUUAUCUCAUUAACAAAAUAAUAAAGUUUUUUGAACUGGACUUUUAUUAAAUGAAUGUGUUAGGUUAGAUUUCUUGUGUAGUAAACAACUGUUGCAAAUCUGGAUGAAAAAGAGGAAAUAAUGAUUGCUGCCUCCGAACCUAAGGAGUUCAGUCCGUUUGGCCGGCAGCAGUUGGAGAGACACCCGGGAGAAGUGUUCCCGCCGAGUACCCAGCCCCCGGUGCUGCACCCAGAGUCUCACCUGCUGCACCGCCUCAGCCAGGUGGCCAUCUCAGACGAGCCCCAGCAGUCGGAGCGCUGGGUGCUGCGCGCCGGUCCCGACGACCCCCAGUGCGAGGAGGAGCUGUACGUGAGCGGCAAGACGGCCGUGUGGAGUCGCCGCGCCUUCUCCGCGCACCCCGGCAGUGCCGUGCUGCAGUGCUGCUACUCCUGCGAGACGCGCAUCAGGCACGCCCUGUGGUGCAGCUUCCGCACCUCGGGCGCAGACGAGCCGGUCGGAGACCCUAUCCCGUGCAUCUGCUUGGUCGAUGCAGACAGCAUCCGAGUGUUCACGGCGGAGGGAGAGGACUACAUCGUCUACCUGCAGUUCGAAGUGUCUCACGUGUGGGCGUGCAAGUAUGGUCUUAUUUUGGAACGGACAACCCACGCGAACACGUCCAGUAAGGAUUACUUCAACGACACUGAACAGCCGCAGCUGUCCACAAUAUUUUCCUUGCUUCAUCCGCUGGAUGAGAUUACUCCUGUCAUUGGAAAACAUGGUGGUUUGUCCUACAUGAAUGACCCAUCUGUGAACAUUGUUUUUGUGAGUGAAAACCCGUCUGUGUGCAUGGUGUAUGAUUCCAAGCUGGGAGCACACAGUAUUUGGAAGAUACGCAAGGCCCAACCCGAGGAGUGUCGCUACGUGUGCGGCUUCGCGGGCCCGGACGAGGCGACGGAGCAGUCGGCGUCGUCUGCCUCGGCCGGCUUCCCGGGCCACAGCACCAGCUCCCGGGGCCGUCGCCUGUCCCUGCUGAGCGGGCGCGGCGCCGUGCUGGCCGGCUACAGCCCGCAGAGCUCCGCGCGCUCCCACAGCCCCGCCGAGGGCUUCAGCCACCUGCAGUCGCCCUCGCCGCUGGCCUCGCCCCCCGACUGGCUGUCGGGCGUGCUGCGCCUGCCCCAGCUGGGCGCGUCCUGGCUGUCCCCGGCCAACAGCCCGGGGUCGGGCUCGCCGGGCCUCUCCGCCGAGUCCCGCCUCAUGACCAGCGAGAUGAGCGACCCCGCGGCGAGCCGCCCCAUCUGCCCCGAGCUGUGCUUCCAGCACGUCUGGCAGGAGGGCGCCGGCGUGUCCAGGGAAAGCGGAGGUGGUGCGGCCAGCAAGGCGUUUUUCAGUUCGGACUUUGUUGGCCAGACGUAUCUGUGCUAUUUGGUCGUGUCUCGGAGCAGACUGUACUACACUCGCCUCGAAAAGGCGAACAUCGAGCAGCAACUUAUCUUUGGCUUGGAGUCCAGCGUGCCUGCCGCCGACGCUGUCAACGUGCCGCAGCUGCAGCUGGUAGCCGUGCUGGACACGGCCGGGGGAGUCAGCUUGUACUCGGGCCUCAGCGUGGUGGGCAAGCUGCACGUGGCGGGCAUACACUCGGCCCUGACCACCUCCUCCUACCUGUCGCUGUUCGGGACGCACUUCGCCUCGCCCUGCCUGCCCAAGCGCAGCAGUCUGAUCCUGACGUCGAGCCUCGUGGGGACUCACUCGCGCUCCACCCCGGCCACGGAGCCCAGCUUCGACGAGGGGGUCCACCUGCUGUCCCCCGUGGAGCCGCAGGGCAGCGAGGGCAACGUGAAGAUCACGCCCUCCACCCCGCUCCGGGGGCAGCUGGUGGCGCUGCGGGACUCUGUGGCCAACAGGCUGUCCUUGGAGUACAGCGACGGCUCCAUGUUCCGGAUAGCCUUGCCCGACCUGUGCACCUCUCCCCUCGUGGCGAGGAGCGUGGAGGCCUUGCAGCUGGUGCUGCAGCGGGACCUGGCCAUGCAGCUGGCCGUCAGGUGGUACGGGGUGCGCAACGCCCCGGGCACGCGGGACCUGUCGCCCGCCCACGAGUGGGAGCUCUUCGCAGACACACUGCUGGAGCUGCUGGGGUACGACGUGGAGAAGCUGGCGGGCGCGGGCGCGAGGGACCCCGACCGGCCGAGCGUGCUGGCCAAGCGGAGGCGCUCCUCGGAGGGGGGCACGCCGGGGGACUGGCACCUGCUGCAGGGCUCGGCCCACCACAGGGCCCUGUCCUGGGGCCUCGGGGCGCUGCUGGGGCUGCAGUGCGCGGGCGCCGCGCCCGACACGGUCGCCGGUGACGCCGGUGGCUCGGAGACGGGCCGCGUCAGCAGCGCCGCGCCGCUCUUCUGCUCCGCCCCGCUGGUGCUCUUCACCCUGCACCUGCUCUACCAGGACUUGAAGCUGAACGUGCUGCUCUACGAGGGCUUGCCGCUGCUGGCACGGCUGCUGCACCAGCUGGCCGGCGACCUGCGGCUGCCGGAGUACGUGCAGCACUACUGGCGCGACUUCCCCCGCCACUGCGCGCUCGCGCCCGCCCGGGAAAGCCAGUUCCAAGAUGCUGAUUUGAAGAAACUUGCCAACCUGAACGCUGUGCCGAUGGAGCCCCCGGAUAUUUUCCAACACUUGCACGACAUGCUGUUGGGACAAGAGUGUGUGCCUUACCCGUACAUCAGUCGCCUGAACAAGACCUCGAAGAACAUUGUGCAGUUGGUAGCACUGCGGACGUAUGGCUACGAGGACCCUCACUUGGCAGUGGAAGGCUUUGUGAAGCUAAACGUUCCCCUGGGCAAGGUUGGCGACCCUGAGGAGGUGACGUCGGCGCGGGACUCGUAUCCGAGCGCCAAGUACCCCAUGCCGCACCGAGCCGUGCUGCUGAUGACCGAGCUAGGCGUGACGAGGCAGGACCUGCAGGUGCUGCCGGCGGGCGUGGCCUUCCUGGUGCAGGACCUGGUCUACCAGAGCCGGGCGGACCCCCCGCUGGACUGGCCCCGGGCCGCCUACUGCCUGGUGGGGCGCGAGGACCUGGCCGCGCAGUGCCUCGGGCCGGCCGAGAGCUCGCCCGAGGCCCGCGACGCCCGCAGACAGGACGUCGCCAAGAUGGCCGAGGUCGACCAGGAGGACGGCAUGGACGGCAUGGAGUUCGAGGUGCUGAGGCUGCUGUUCAGCAAGGACCACCGGGUGGCCGAGGUGCGCCGCCUGCUGCAGUCGUCGCAGCCGGUCAGCAUCGGCAUCACGCAGCGGCCGGACGUGUCGGACCACGAGUUCAUCGAGGAGCAGGAGAAGCAGCUGUACGCCCUGUGCACCCGCACCAUGGCCAUCCCCGUGGGCAGGGGCAUGUUCACGCUGCGCUCUGUGUCGCCGGUGGUGACGGAGCCCCUGCCCAUCCCGCGGCUGUGCCUGACGGGCCGCGCGCCUCCCAGGGGCACCACGGUGGACCUCACGCACAUCGAGGUGGUGCCCAACAUGAACCUGUGGCCGUCCUUCCACAACGGCGUGGCCGCGGGCCUCCGGAUCGCCACCCACGCCUCCAACAUCGCCUCCGACUGGAUCAUCUUCAACAAGCCCAAGGGCACGGCGGAGGUGCCCGUGGAGCACGCGGGCUUCCUCAUGGCGCUGGGGCUGAACGGCCACCUGGGCAACCUGAUGGUGUUCAACAAGUACGAGUACCUGGCCAGGUGCCACGAGAUCACCAGCGUGGGGCUGCUGCUGGGCGUGGCCGCCACCAAGCGAGGCACAAUGGACUUGGCCACCACGAAGAUGCUCAGCGUUCACUUGGAGGCGUUCCUGCCGCCCACGUCCAUAGAGCUGGACGUGCCACAGAACAUCCAGGUGGCAGCCCUGCUGAGCAUAGGCCUGGUGUACGAGGGCACGGCACACCGACACACGGCAGAGGUGCUGCUGGCAGAGAUAGGCCGCCCGCCCGGCCCGGAGAUGGAGAACAGCGUGGACCGCGAGUCGUACUCGCUGGCAGCAGGACUGGCCCUGGGACUGGUGAUGCUGGGGAAGGGGUCCAGGCUGUGUGGUCUGGGGGACCUGGCCGUGCCGGACACUCUGCACUACUACAUGGUCGGAGGGCACCGCCGCCCGCUCACCGGGGCACAGAAGGAGAAAUAUAAGUCUCCGAGCUACCAGAUUCGUGAAGGGGAUGCAGUCAACAUAGAUGUAACCAGUCCGGGUGCUACUCUGGCCCUGGGGAUGAUGUACUUCAAUACUGGCAAUACGGCGGCGGCGGACUGGAUGAAGGCUCCCGACACGCAGUACCUGCUGGACUUUGUGCGGCCGGACUUCCUGAUGCUGCGGGUGAUCGCGCGGGCCCUGAUCCUGUGGGAGGACAUCGUGCCGAGCCGCCAGUGGGUGGCCAGCAACGUGCCACAGACCAUCAUGCCCUACUGCCUCGUGAAGCCCCGCCCCGGCGCGCACGACAACGUCGACUACGAGACCAUGAAUCAAGCGUACUGCAACAUUGUGGCUGGAGCGUGCAUGGCCAUUGGCCUGCGCUUCGCUGGAUCAGCCAACAACUUGGCGUUUGAAACAUUGCUGAAAUAUGCUAAGAUGUUUACAUCUCUGUCAGCUAAAUCUAUUGCAGAACUCGCUGGCAAGUCAACUAUCGAAACUUGCUUGAAUGUCAUUCUUCUUUCGCUUGCAAUGGUGAUGGCAGGCACGGGCGAGCUGGAGGUGCUGCGCAUGUGCCGCUACCUGCGCUCGCGCGUCGGCCCGACCAACAGCGUGGUGACGUACGGCUCCCACCUGGCCGCGCACAUGGCGCUGGGCCUGCUGUUCCUGGGCGCCGGGCGCUACACGCUGUCCACCGCCCCCUCCGCCGUCGCCGCCAUGAUCUGCGCCUUCUUCCCCAAGUUCCCCACGCACAGCAACGACAACAGGUACCACCUGCAGGCGCUGCGCCACUUGUACGUGCUGGCGGUGGAGCCGCGCCUGCUGCUGCCCCGGGACAUAGGGACGGGCGAGAUGUGCUACGUGCACCUGCGCGUCGUGUUCCUCGACACGGCCCACUACCACGGCCAGGCCGUCAGGCUGCGCGCCCCCUGCCUGCUGCCCGAGCUCGGCAAGCUGUGCGAGGUCAGGGUGGAAGAUGACCGCUACUGGUCGAUUGUCUUCCACAGAGAGAGAAAUUGGGACCAGUUGAUCGACCUGCUGCAGCGGAGCCACUCCCUGGACGUGAAGCUGAGGAUUGGCUGCCUGUCGUACACGGAGGACCCCCAGGGCUUCCGCAGCCUGCUGGCCCACGCACUCAUCUCCGACAAGACCGUGCCCUGGUUCAUCCUGCCGGACUCGAUCCGAGAGUUCUCGAGCGACCCGGCGCUGGUGAGCCUGACGCAGCACCUGCUGCAGCCGGGGGCGCAGCACGGGCGCGCCGAGCAGGAGCUGGUGCAGCUGCUCACCGUGCUGGUGUACAAGUGCGUCACCGAGGACAAGCUGUGCGCCGUGCCGCUGUGGGUGUCUGUGCUCGAGGCCCUGCGCAGCCUGCAGCGCUCGCCGCAGCUGCUGCCGUGCUGGCAGCUCAAGCUGCUGCGCGCGCAGUUCCUGGCGCGGCCCGUGUCGGACCUGGUGGCCGUGGACGUGGCGCUGUCCCUGGAGCAGCGCCUGGGCCGCCUGCUGCAGUCCUGGGAGCCCGAGCUGGAACCUGUCCUCAAGGAAUAUGUGUCGAACAACCUGUCUUCAGUCAGCAGUGAUGUGGCGUGCAAGCUGGCUUCGUACCUCACCCUCCGGAACAUUCCUUCUCAACAGAAGAUCAUGUCUGCUUUGGAAGGAGAAUGCAGAAACCCUCUCGUGGUGCAUAAAAAACUACAGAAGUAUGGGUUGUCUGCAGCUGCAUCACUCAAGAUAUCGCAGUUCAGGAAGUGUUCCGCUCACUGAACACGCAUGCGUGAACCAGUGCUUAUUGCUCCAUACUGCAUGUUGAUAUGUACAAAAGUCAUUUCAUUCCUGUUGUGCUGUAUACAUUUGUGUGACUAUUUAUAUUAGUUUUUUGUUAACUUUUGUAAAACUUUAUUUUAGAAUAAAGUGCAUUUUUGUAAGAAUA